CCGAGCGCCGCCCGAGCGCAGCUUCCGAAGACCGCCGAGCGCCGCCGAAGAUUGCCGAGCGACUCCGAGCGCGGCCGAAGACGGACGCCGCCACUUUCACAAUGGCGGCGGCGGCGGCGAUGAUGAUGAUGAUGAAGCGACUCGGCCGCAGCGGCUAAUUAACAUUUUUUAUUAUAAUUAGCAUCGAGCAAAAACUAAUAACACUACAACUACAGUAUUAACAAACAAACCUCAUGAAUAUUGAUCGUUACAUUCAUAUUAAUGAUUAAUAUGCGCGGCGGGAGGGGAGAGGGGGAGUUUGUUUCUCACAUGAAUAAUUAAUAUUGAAUAAAUCAGUCGGCCGCGCUGUGGCCCAGUCGCUGCUCCGCCCCGCUGUCCGCAUUACAGUACUUGACACAUUUAAUUUUAAUUGUAAUAACCGCGUUAUGUAGUUUUAUUUAUUGCUCGUUACCGUUGCGACUAUCGCCGCCGUUAUCGUAGCGCGGCGUUAGUGAUAUUUUACCGCUGCUAACUGCCGCCACGGACCGCGAGCGACCACGAGCCCCGCUGGAGCCGACAACGCCGCCGCGAUGUGUGACAACUGCGGCGAGCUGGUGUCCGUGCUCGGCGCAAGGGAAUCGGAAAAUGAUGAGGUAUCGUCACUCAAGAAGGAGCAUGUUCUCAAGUUAUUUAAUUAUAUCAGCUCGUGGCCACAGAGGCAGUGCCUCUGCUGCUUCAAGGAAUAUAGGAAUCUGGAGGGCUUCAGCCAGGUGCUGUUGGAGCUGAUCCGACUCGCCGUGAGCCUUGUAUGUUGCCUUCGGAACAGCCUACAGCCCAGCAGCUUGAAGCCACAACCACAGCUGGACGCCGACAUGCAGAUGGACUUUGAAGUGAAGGAUGCGCCCCGACUGCUGGAUUCCGCAGUCGGGGGUGCAGCUGCCCGUGUCUUGGACGGAAAGGAUCGGCGGGAAGGAGAUGUUGGCGGUGGCGGCGACGGUGGAGGGGCCUGCUCGGGGGAUGGUGCCGAGGAAUCGGAGGUGUCAGCCGGGUCGCCUGGUGCGGCGGAGGAGGACUGGAGCAGCUGGAGCAUUGAGGAGCAAGAGAAGCUGCUGCUGAGCAUUGCCAAGAUCUUCCAGAUCCAGUUCCCUCUCUACACGGCCUACAAGCACAACACGCAUACCACCAUAGAGGACAUUUCGACAGCAGAAAGCAAUUUGUUGGGAGCUUUUUGUGACAUGAAUGACGUGGAGGUGCCCCUGCACCUACUGCGUUAUGUCUGCCUCUUCUGCGGGAAGAACGGACUUGCACUAAUGCGGGAGUGCUUUGAGUUCGGCACACCCGAAACCCUGCCGUUCCCCAUCGCGCAUGCACUCAUCACCCUCGUGUCAAACAUUAAGAUUUGGCUGCAUCUGCCUGCAGUCAUGCAACAUAUUAUUCCAUUUCGGACUUUCGUAAUAAGGUACCUGUGCAGGCUGUCGGACCAGGAGCUGAGGCAGAGCGCCGCGCGGAACAUGGCGGACCUCAUGUGGAGUGCGGUGAAGGAGCCACUGGACUCGGCACUGGGGUUUGACCGCGAGAGUCUCGACUUGGCGUUCAAGUACUUCACCUCGCCCACACUCACCAUGCGGCUCGCUGGCCUCAGCCAAAUCACGAACCAAUUGCACACAUUCAAUGAAGUUUGUAACAACGAGUCCCUCGUCUCCGAUGCAGAAACAACCAUUGCAAAGGAACUGGCUGACUGGUUAACUAACCACAACAUUGUUGAGCACAUCUUUGGACCAAAUUUGCACAUUGAGAUCCUGAAACAGUGCCAGGUCAUCCUCAAUUUCUUGGCGGCCGAGGGCAGGCUGAACACACCGCACAUAGACUGUAUAUGGAUGGCCGCUCAGCUCAAGCACUGCAGUCGCUACAUCCACGACUUGUUCCCGUCGCUCAUCAAGCACCUGGACCCUGUGCCCCUCCGUCACCUGCUCGGGCUCGUGUCGGCCCUGCACCCCAGCGCGCACACUGAGCAGACGCUGUAUUUGGCAUCAAUGCUGAUAAAAGCCCUCUGGAACAAUGCUCUUGCAGCCAAAUCUCAGCUCUCCAAGCAGAGUUCCUUUGCAUCGCUACUGAACACUAGCCUACCCCUCGGUGCUAAGAAAGCGGGAGUGGGCAGCCCAGAGAGCAGCGACAACAGCGACACACAGCCAAGUGGCGGCAGUGACGUGGAGAUGGAGGAGGAGCCCUCUGUGCACCGGCCCAAGCGGCAGCCACAGCCACAGCAGCAGCCCCAGCUGUCGGACUCUGAGGAGUCUGUGCAGGGCAGUUCAGACGAGACGGCGAACAGCCGCGAGGAUGGGGGCAGCAGCAGUGGCCGGAGCGAGGACUCGAGCCCAGGCGACGCCGACGCCAACAGCAGCAGCAGCAGUAGUGGUAGCGAAGGCCCCAGCAGCUGCUCGCUGGGCAGUCGCACGCCCAUGGACGACAACACGGAGGACGGGGAGGAAGCUGGAAGGAGGGCGGCGGCGGCAGCGGCAGCUGCAGCUCGCCAAGCCAAAGGAGGAGACGCUGCUAGCUCCGUGCUCCUACAGGGCCGCGGCAAUAAGACUGAGACAGCGUCGGCACUUCACGAUCUCCGCGAGCGGCUGGGACAGUGCUCAGCAGACCGGCUCGGCCAGCCUUGCCAAGUGGAUAGGAUGCCUCACUGCCACUCAGAGGCUCUCUCCUCGCAGGGGCCAAUGGAACGACAGAGCCAGUCGGAUGUUGAGAAGCUGGGGCAGUGCCCCUCAGAGCUGGGCUUGAAGACAGUGAACGUUGGUGCCGGGUUUGGCCCAGAGCCUGCGGAGAGGAGGCCGAGGUCGCUGACGGACGAUCGCGAGACAACGGUUCCCACUGUUGCGGCGGUGGCCGCGGCAGUUGUAGCGGCAGCGGCAGCAGCGGGGGGCACCGGGGUUGUGCAGGCAGUGGCGGGUGCGGAAGUUGGGUGUGAACCGCAAGUAUCGUGCGGAGGCGCCCACGCGGGGACGGCAGCCGGGCUGCUGGGAGAGGGGAUGAACGCAGAGAUCUUCGACUGCCGGGGAUUUAUCGCACAGCAGAGGCACCAUCAUCACCACCACCAUCACCACCACCACCAUGACGACGGACCACUGGACGAGGACAUGCUCAGCGCAGACGACGUGAGCUGCAGUAGCUCGCAGGUGAGCGCCAAGUCGGAGAAGAACAUGGCCGACUUCGAUGGGGAGGAGUCUGGCUCGGGAUGCGAGGAGGAAGAGGAAGAAGAGGAGGAGGAAGAGGAGGAGGAAGAACUGGCUCGCAUCAACUCGCACGUCGAGCUCACAUCACACUUGCAGCCCCCGCGUCUACCCAACCUCGCGUCGCUCUACAGGGGUCACAUGCCACAGGCCGGGGCCAUGCACAAACACCAGGGUGGCGGUGGCACGGUGGCCGACAUCAACCUCGACAACGUGUGCCGCACGGGCAGCACCCUGCUGUGGGACCUGGUGCAGGACGAAAACGCUGUUCAUCUGGCAGAAGGGCUCAUCGCAGAGGCAGAGAAGCUCUUGUGCGCGCUUGUGUGCUGGUUCACUGACCGGCAGAUUCGCAUGAAGUUCAUCGAGGGCUGCCUGGAGAACCUUGCCAACAACAGGUCUGUGGUCGUGUCGCUGCGUCUCCUGCCCAAGCUGUUUGGAACGUUCCAGCAGUACGGUAGCAGCUACGACACCCAUUGGAUCACAAUGUGGGCCGAGAAGGAGCUGCACAUGAUGAAGCUCUUUUUUGACAACGUGAUGGAGUACAUUCAAGCCGUACAGGAGGACAGGCACCACCACACUCUAUAUAGCCACGGCACCGAGGUUCAAGUUCGGUUGCAGUUUCUCACUUGUGUCUUCUCCACACUGGGAUCUCCAGACAACUUCAGGCUGAGUCUGGAGCAAGUGGACAUCCUGUGGAACUGUCUGGUUACUGACCUCGAGUGCUCAGAUGACGCCCUCCACUGGUUCCUGAACCAGGUGCGCAGCAAGGAUCAGCACGCCAUGGGCAUCGAGACCUACAAGCACAUCUUCCUGGAGAAGAUGCCGCAGCUGAAGCCGGAGACGAUCAGCAUGACGGGGCUCAACCUCUUCCAGCAACUUUGCAACCUGGCACGUCUCGCGAGCAGCGCCUACGACGGCUCCUCCUCCACCGAGCCGUGUGGGAUGGACCAACUUUGGGGGAUCGCACUGCGAGCGCAGAAGGUGGAUGUGAGCCGUGCAGCCGUGCAGUAUAUCAACUCCUACUACAUCAAUGGAAAGAGUGGUCUGGAGCGGGAGCAAGAGUUCAUCAACCGCUGCAUGGAGAGCCUCACGGAGGCCUCCAACAGCCUGGCCCUGGACCCCCGUUCCAGCCUCAUGGUCAUCGAGCGAGGCCUCUUGCUACUCAAGACCCACCUGGAAGCCUUCAAGCGGAGGUUUGCGUACCACUUGCGGCAGUGGCAAAUAGAGGGACACGGCAUCAGCAGCCAUCAGAAAGCACUGAGCGACAAGCAGUCCAUGCCCAUCCGCAUUGUGUGUCAGCCAGCCGGCCUGCCCGACAAGAUGACCAUCGAGAUGUUCCCGACGGACCAAGUGGCGGACCUGCGUGCCGAGGUCACGCAUUGGUACGAGAGCCUGCUCAAGGAGCAGAUGAGCCAGCAGGCGCAGGUGCAGGAGUUUGGCUCUUCGGGACGCCACGGCGACUACCACGGUGAGGCUCAGCUCGGCGGACUGAUGGGGCCUGUGCGAAUGAUCUCGUCUGGACACGAGCUCACGACAGACUAUGAUGAAAAAACACUCCACGUCCUUGGCUUCAAGGACAUGCAGAUGGUGUUUGUGUCCCUGGGAGCACCUCGGCGGGAGAGGAAGGGCGACGGCUUGCAGCUGCCCGCCUCGUGCCUGCCGCCUCCUCAGAAGGAGAAUAUUCCUAUGAUCCUCCUGCUGCAGGAACAGCCGCUCACCGCCCUCUUUGAUCUGCUCGAGAUGCUGGCGUCUCUGCGACCCUCCGCGGCAGAUCAGGAAGUCUGCGUUGGUGGUGGCAGCAGUGGCGAUUCGUCAUCGUGUUCAACGGCAUCAGUCGUGGCCUCUGUGGAGGCUCUGUUGCGACAGUCAAACGGAGAGGCAUGCGCCAACAAGCUCGCCAUGUCCUUCCACCCAACCAGCGGCGAGCAGAGCGCUCAGGAAGCCCAAGACCUGAAGCUCCAUGCGGAGCACCUGUCACGCCGAGUGUGGGAGCUGCUCAUGCUGCUUCCUACCUGUCCCAGCAUGCUGCAGGCGUUCCAGAACAUUUCCAACGAGGAGGCCAGCGCGGAUGUGCGGUGGAAGGACCUGCUGCGAUUGAGGAGCCCCCACAAGCUGCUCUAUGCCCUGGAGAUCAUCGAGGCCCUUAGCAAGCCAAGCCGUCGAAUACGAACAGUUUCUUCGGGCAGUUACAGUGACCUGUACCCUGACUCUGACGACUCCACCGACAGCCACAUGGAGAAUAGCAAGAGCAGCUGGACCAGCAAGUUCAUAGCAUCGGGUGGGCUUGAACUCCUGUUGGAAAUGUUGCUCUCUGGGACACUGGAGCCCAAGGAAGCCGAGCCGUGGAGUGUGUGGCAACUGGACUGCCUGGCAUGCCUGCUGAAGCUGGUUUGCCAGUUCGCCGUGGAGCCGGUGGACUUUGACGUGGCAUACGUGGAUGUGUUCGCCUGGUCACCCGCCUCGGAGGCACCACGCAAGCGUGCCUGGGCCGGGAAACCCCGCAAGAGCUCGGGCGAGCACGGCAAGGGCACCCACGUUAUCCCGCGGCUCACCGAGACCUUCCUAAACCUCGUGAAUGGAACCGACCUCCUGAAGCACCUCAUGACUGUGGCGUAUACAUAUGACAAUCUGCCUCAAAGGAUGCUGAAGGCACAGUCUGAUUACAAGUCCAGGCAUGAAGUGACUCACUACGCCAUGUGGCUGCUGGUCAGCUGGUCGAGCGGCUGUCCCGCCGUUAAGGAGAGCCUGGCGGAGAACGGCACGCUGCAGGACUGGCUCUGCAAGCUCACGCUGCUAGCGCCAGAGGUGGCGGUGCGCUCUGAGGCGGCCAGCAGCCUCUACCGGCUGUGUGUCACGCGCCUCGAGGGCGGAGACUCGGCCGACCGCUCCUUCCUGCUCCUCGCCGUCUCCACGCUGCUCAAGUUCCUGCCGGACGCUCAGGCCAUGCGCCCCGUUAAGAACUUGGAUGAAGAUGAAGAGGACUUGGGAAUUCGGCCAGGCUGCAAGGAUUACUUCUGGCUGCUCGGGAAGCUCAUCAACAACAUCCACGUGAAGGACACCAACCAGGUAACGCUGGUGGACCUAGAUGCCAUGGCUAGACAUCUGGCGGACUGCAUACAGAGCCGGGAGAUCGUGGAACAGAGGGACAGCAGCAUGGAGGACGAGGGCCUCCUUGGUUUGCUCAAGCUGUGCACGGCCGUCAUGAAGCACAAACCGGCGUUCAAGUUCACACGGGACGGCCAGGAAUUCCUCAGGGAGGUGUUCAACCUGCUCUUCCUGCUGCCCAGCAUGGCGGACCGCCAGCAGCCCAAGUGCAAGUCGCAGGGUUCGCGGGGCGCUGCCUACGACCUCCUGGUGGAGCUCGUAAAGGGCUGCCCCGAGAGUUACCGCCUGCUGCACUGCUGGGUCAUGGCUCAACACGUGCAGACCUCGCACGCACCGUACAAAUGGGACUACUGGCCCCACGAUGACGUGCGCGCCGACUGCCGCCUCGUGGGCCUUACCAACCUGGGCGCCACCUGCUACAUGGCCUCCACCAUCCAGCAGCUGUACAUGAUUCCGCAGGCUCGCCAGGCAGUCUUCACCGCCAAGUAUACUGAUGACAUGAAGCACAAAACCACCUUGUUUGAGCUACAGAAGAUGUUCACAUACCUGAUGGAGAGCGAGCGCAAGGCCUACAACCCUCGAUCAUUCUGCAAGAACUACAUGAUGGAUAAGUUGCCGCUCAACACGGGAGAGCAAAAGGACAUGACGGAGUUCUUCACUGACCUCAUCACCAAAAUUGAGGAGAUGAGCCCAGAACUGAAAAACACCGUCAAGACCUUAUUCGGCGGAGUCAUUACAAACAACGUCGUAUCGCUGGACUGUGACCACGUCAGUCAAACUGUAGAAGAAUUCUACACGGUGCGGUGCCAAGUGGCAGAUAUGAAGAACAUCUACGAGUCGCUGGACGAGGUGACUGUCAAGGACACUCUGGAAGGGGACAACAUGUACACCUGCUCGCAGUGUGGAAAGAAAGUGCGCGCCGAGAAACGGGCCUGCUUCAAGAAGCUGCCGCAGAUCCUGAGCUUCAACACCAUGCGCUAUACGUUCAACAUGGUGACAAUGAUGAAGGAGAAGGUGAACACUCACUUCUCGUUCCCGCUGAGGCUCGACAUGACGCCCUACACCGAGCGGUGGCUCAUGGGGCGGAGCGACCGCGCCGAAGGCUUGAAGGUGGAGGAGGGGGCGGGCGGCGUGGCCAAGGCGGAGGAGAGUUACGAGUACGACCUCAUCGGCGUGACAGUCCACACAGGCACCGCGGAUGGCGGCCAUUACUACAGCUUCAUCCGAGACAUCAUCAACCCGGCAGCCUACCGCAACAACAAGUGGUAUCUGUUCAAUGAUGCGGAAGUGAAGCCCUUUGACUCGACACAGCUGGCUUCCGAGUGUUUCGGCGGAGAGAUGACGACUAAAACAUACGACUCUGUUACCGACAAAUUUAUGGACUUCUCAUUUGAAAAGACACACAGUGCCUACAUGCUGUUCUACAAGCGGGUAGAAUCGAGUGAGGAUGUGGGCAAGGAGUCCACCUUUGAUAUUCCCCCUGAGCUUCUCGAGUGGAUCUGGCACGACAACAUGCAGUUCCUCCAAGAUAAGAACAUCUUUGAGCACACCUACUUCGGAUUCAUGUGGCAGCUGUGCAGCUACAUCCCAAGCACUCUGCCCGACCCCAAGGCUGUGACCCUCAUGACUGCCAAGCUGAGCACCUCCUUUGUGCUGGAAACAUUCAUUCACUCGAAGGAAAAGCCCACCAUGCUCCAGUGGAUCGAGCUCCUGACCAAGCAGUUCAAUAACAGCCAGGCCGCGUGCGAGUGGUUUUUGGACCAAAUGGCUGACGACGACUGGUGGCCGAUGCAGAUCCUGAUUAAAUGCCCCAAUCAAAUUGUAAGACAGAUGUUCCAGCGCCUCUGCAUCCACGUCAUCCAGCAGCUGCGGCCCACGCAUGCCCACCUCUACCUGCAGCCCGUGUCGGACAAUGGCCCGGACGAUGCCCUCAUUCCGCUGGAGGAGUUGGGCCUGCGAUCGUGCGUGACGCGCUUCGUGAAGACAUUGCUGGCCGUCAUGGAGCACGGCGUGAAGCCACAUAGCCGCCACCUCACCGAAUACUUUGCCUUCUUCUGCGACUUCAUUAAGAUGGGCGAGGAGGAGCGCCAGUUCCUGUUGUCCGUGCAAGCCAUCUCCACAAUGGUGCACUUCUACAUGGGGACCAAGGUCCCUGAAAAUCCCCAGCCCCAGCCACAGGCGGCAGGGGAAGCCCUGUCGGAGGAGGAGGCCGAGGAGGAGGAGCCCGAAGAGGAUAUCCUGGCGCUCGCCGAAGAGAAGUACCGCCCUGCUGCCCUCGAAAAGAUGAUAACACUCAUCGCUCACCUCGUCGAGCAGUCGCGAUCCGAGAGGCACUUGACCCUUUCCCAGAGUGACAUGGCAGCUCUUACAGGAGGAAAAGGUUUCCCAUUCCUCUUCCAGCAAAUCCGAGAUGGCAUCAACAUCAAGCAGACUUGCAACCUCAUCUUCAGCCUCUGCCGCUACAGCAACCGUCUGGCCGAGCAUAUCGUCGCGAUGCUGUUUACAUCUAUUGCAAAGCUCAGUCCAGAGGCAGCCCAGCCAUUCUUUAAGCUGCUUUCCAUGCUCAUGGAAUUUGCGGCGGGUCCACCCGGCAUGCCACCAUUCACCACCUACAUACUGCAGCGCAUCUGGGAGGUGAUCGAGUAUAACCCUGCCCAGUGCCUGGACUGGCUGGCUAUGCAGACGCCACGCAACAAGCUCGCGCACACGUGGGUGCUGCAGAAUAUGGACAGCUGGGUUGAGCGCUUCCUGCUGGCGCAUAACUACCCGCGCGUCCGCACCUCGGCCGCCUACCUCCUGGUGUCGCUCAUACCCAGCAACUCGUUCCGUCAGAUGUUCCGCUCAACUCGCUCCCUCACCACGCCGGGCCGUGAAAUGCCGUUGGGUCCCGAGGCAACGGGCGUGUUGCACCGCGUCUACCAGGCGCUGCUGGCUCUGCUUCCGUGCGCGCGCCCCUACGCCGAUGCGCAGCUCCACGGCACCACAAAGCUCGUGCCCUACUUCGGCCUGCUGUCGCACUGCCUGGUGUCGCGCGCCGAGAAGCUCAUGUUCUCGCCGUACUUCCAGGACCUGUGGGCGAUCUACCAGCCGCGCCUCUCAGAGCCCGCCAUCGCCACCAAUCACAACAAGCAGGUGCUGCUCGCCUUCUGGCACGCGGCCUGCGUAGGCUGCCCCGAGAACGCACGCCUCGUGGUGCAGAGCACAUCGGUGGCGCGCAACAUCGCCUUCAACUACAUCCUGGCGGACCACGACGACCAGGACGUGGUGCUCUUUAACCGCGCCAUGCUGCCCGCCUACUACGGCCUGCUGCGGCUCUGCUGCCAGCAGUCGUCCGCCUUCACGCGCCAGCUCGCGUCACACCAGAACAUCCAGUGGGCCUUCAAGAACCUGACGCCACACGCCAACCAGUACCCCUCGGCCGUGGAGGAGCUCUUCGCGCUGAUGCAGCUGUUUGUGGCGAAGCGUACAAACAUGACGGAGGAGGAAUUGCAGGACGUGCAGCAGUUCAAGAAGACGACCAUCACCAGCUACUUGCGCUGCCUGGACGGUCGCUCGUGCUGGCCCACACUCAUCAGCGCCUUCCGGAUCCUACUUGAGACAGAUGAGGACCGCCUGCUUGUCUUGCUGAACAGAGGACUCCUCCUCAUGAACGAGUCCUUCAACACGCUACACAUGAUGUACCACGAAGCAACAGCAUGCCACGUGACGGUGGACCUGGUGGAGCUGCUCUCCAUCUUCCUGUCCGUGCUGAGGGCCACCCAGCCCUUCCUGCAGCGCAAGGACGUGAAGCAGGCUCUCAUCCAAUGGCAGGAGAGAAUGGACUUUGCCCACAAGCUGCUCACGCUGCUCAACUCCUACAGCCCCCCUGACCUGCGCAACACCUGCCUCGAUGUGCUGAAGGAGCUGGUUUUGUUGUGUCCCAACGACUGCCUUCACACGAUGGUGCCCUUCCUGCAGCACAACCACUUUGCUUAUCAUCGCAACAAUAUGCCCAUGUCCAUCGGCCCGUACUUCCCGUGCCACGAGAACAUGAAGCUGAUGAGCGGCAAGAACACAAUCCGCCCUCCACGGCCAGAGCUCAACAUGUGUCUGCUACCGAGCAUGGUGGAGACAUGCAAGGGCAGGGACGAGGCCUACGACCGCCUGCUCUUGGACUACUUCCUGCCAUACCACCACUUCAUGGACAUCCUGUGCCGCGUGGCAGUUAACCAGGACAAGGUCACUGAGACGCUCAUCAAGCUCAGUGUGCUGGUGGCGUACGAAGGAGUGCCGCUCCAUCUCACGCUCUUCCCCAAGCUCUGGACUGAGCUUUGUCAGCCUCAGCCUGGCAAGGCGUGCCUGAAGCUGCUUUGCGAGGAGCCUGUGUUCUCCGAGUACAUCGAGUGCAUCCUAAUGGACGAACGCACGUCGCUCAAUAACAGCGCCAUCUACACCUUCCUCGCGUGCUUCUUCCCGAAGGUGCAGAACCAGAUACUGUCCGGCUCCAACUGCCCGAACCUGCUGACGAACCUGGUGAACACGCUGGUGAGCGAGCAGGGCAGCCUGCAGCCCGAACUCUUCGCCCAGCGCGCGGACGCCGCUCGUCUUGCCGCCAGCAUGAACGGGGACCUGCGAGCCCUCUGCCUGCUGCUGUCGGUGCAGUGCCCGCGGCAGCUGGAACCGGCGCUGCUGCCUGCGCUGCAGGAGCUGCUGGGCCGAUGCCGCGCAUGGCAGCAGCAGCAGCAGCGCGAGCGGCAACGCGAGCAGCAGCAGGCGGUCGCCUCUGGCAGCGCAAAAGGCCUGAGCUCGGACGAGGAGGGGGUCACCCCGCACAAGCGGCGGAGAGUGAGCCGGGACAGCAGCGGUUCGGCCGACGCCGACCUCGCCAAAGGUCCCAUCUCCCCGGCGAGCCCAAGCGGCGCCGAGACUGAAGAGAGUCGCGAGUCGGCGCUCAUCGACCCCGGCACGGAACAGGACGAUGGCCCCCUGGCCCCCGAGCAUGUGCCCGCACCCUCGGAGGCGAACCGCACGCCGGCUGGUACUUCUCCAGCGACUGGCGGGGAGGACGGCAACCAAAGCGAAGAGAUGGAGGCACAGGGCGGUGCGGCCACCAGGAAGGACGCGCCUCUGGCAGACGCAGCGCAGGGCGAACACGGGGAAUCGUUCAGGCCGGCCGACACGGAACGCUUAGACUCCCCGAGAGCGGCGCACGCCGAUGGCAGCGGCGGCGGCGGCGAGGUAGCUGUGGAGGACAGCGGCGCGAAGACCGAGGUCUCUCCUGGCGAGGGAGCGGCAAAGCUUGCAGAUGGACCUUCGGAUGUCAUGGCCACUUCCGCCACCUCCAGCACCUCUGCAGCGCAUGGGCAAGGCGACGAGGCAAACUGCAGCGAUGUGACGGCGCGGCAGAACAGCGACGAGUCGGCAAUGGCGAGCGAAACCCGCAGCCAUUCCAGAGGCAGCCCCAGCCCCACGCGACAGCCCGACCCGCUGGAGGCGCUUUGCCGGACCAUCGAGUCAGCCAUUGCCAUCGUAGGAAAAAUCCUCAAGUCCACCUCCUGACAGGCCACGGGCUCGUUACUUUGUGGGUAACGUGGGCAUAUCUCAUCGGACUCUGGUUUCACUCUUGCAGAGAAAUUCUGAAGUGCGCUCUCCCCCCUCUUGGCUGUUCCUGUGCAACACGCAUCACAGCCUGGUGUCUGCGGUGGGCCCCUUUUAAUGUUGGACGUGGCAGGCUGUUGUUGUGCGUUUGUGUGUGUGAAUAGAUCAGUGUUUACUAUUAAAACAGUACUAAUGUAGUGGUGCUUACGUGGUUGGGCCCAACUAAACGUGGGUGAGUAGAGAAAACACGAACAUUUUAUUUGGUCUCUGCUUUGCUCACGCAUAUUACGUGUUUUGUUUUUAAAUUAUGCUUCAAUGGCCUGGUUUUUGUGCACAGUUUUCAUGUGUUAAAAUUACCCCAAUAUUUUUCCUUUGGUUUGUUUUUAACCGUUGCCAACAGUACAAGAUGAUUUCUAUGUGCACCUCCUGUAGACAAAAAUCCUUGUCCUGUGAGCUUCUGUAAAUAUACCAACCACAGGUAAAUUGAUUCUGUUAAGAAUCCUUUUUUUAAAUGACGUGGUGUUUGAUAAUGUUUCCUCUCGUGGAAAUAAAAAUGACCCUUUAAAGAUAAAUUUGUA